AUGUGUCUGGUAUCCUCUGUUAUUCCGAUGGAUGAUCUAAUUAAGUCCGAGAGCAAAAGCAACUCUUUCUUACCUCUCAAGAAACGCAUGAGACCUUUCAAGGAGGAACCUGACAAUGCCCUAGUUGCGACCGCGACAAAGAAGGUUGCGUCAUGUUCAAGCAAUGCAAAAUACAAGGGAGUGGUUCAGCAACAAAACGGUCAUUGGGGGGCUCAGAUUUACACAGACCACAAAAGGAUUUGGCUCGGCACUUUCAAAUCCGCUGCUGAAGCCGCCACAGCUUACGAUAGCGCCUCCAUCUUGCUCAGAAGCUUCGACGCUAACUCGCACCGGAACUUCCCUUGUUCUGAUUUCACGGUCCACGAACCAAGGUUUCAAAAACUUCACUCAACAGAAGCUGUGUUGAACAUGAUCAGAGACGGUUCUUACCAACAAAAGUUCAAAGAAUUUCUCAGCCAGAUGGCCACGAGGAUCAACACCGGAGGAUCAAAACAAAGCCGAGGAGACAAAGAAUCUGACAACAAGUGCUUCUCGUGUAAGCAGCUGUUUCAGAAGAAAUUGACACCAAGCGAUGUAGGGAAACUCAACAGGCUUGUGAUACCUAAGAAGUAUGCAGUGAAGCAUUUACCUUACAUAAGCAUUGAUCAAAAAGACAGAGAAGAGGGUGAAAUAUCAGAAGAAGUUGAGGUUGUUUUUUACGACACAGGAAAGAGACAAUGGAAAUUUAGGUAUUGUUACUGGAGAAGUAGCCAGAGCUUUGUCUUCACCAGAGGAUGGAACGGCUUCGUCAAGGAGAAGAAUCUCAAGGAGAACGAUGUUAUCCUCUUCUACGAGUGCAAUCUUAAGACAUUAGAUGGUCAGAGCAAGAACUUCUGGAUGAUCGAUAUUCUUUUCUUUUCAGACGACGAGAAAGAAAACGAGAGUGCUCAUAACAGUUCUGUGAAAGAACUGAAAACAGAAAACUUCAUUAGCUCGAAGUUAGAAGAUGAAGAAACCAAAUCAGAGAAGAAGAAAGGAGGGUUUAAGCUGUUUGGUGUUAUGAUCCAGUAG